UCGGAGGGGGAGGGAAGUGAUAGGCUGGCCCUCCUGGAGAGUGGGGGACGUUUGGGAGGACGGACACUUCCGGCCGGCGGUGGGGGCGAUGAAGAAGGAGCAGGUGGCCCGCUGUCAGUUCUCCAUCUGGUACCCUCUCUUCAGGCAGCACACAAUCCGCAGCAUUGUUCUUCCACUCCCACAAAAUGUUAUUGAUUACUUAAUGGAUGAUGGGACUUUGGUGGUUUCCGGAAGAACUGAAGUCCCAAGUUGUUCACAUACAAAUGAAGACUGUGAUGAGGAGCAGGAUAUACAGUGGUCAGACGAUGAGAAUGUGACUACUCUUACAGCUCCAGAAUUUCCAGAUUUUGCAGCGCAAGUACAGGAAGCUAUAAAUUCUCUUGGAGGUAGCGUAUUUCCAAAGCUAAAUUGGAGUGCCCCUCAGGAUGCCCAGUGGAUUGCAAUGAACGGCUCUCUCAAGUGCAGAAACCUGAGUGACAUCUUCCUGCUCUUGAAAAGCUCUGACUUUGUUAUGCAUGACCUGACUCAACCAUUUCUUCACUGUACUGAUGAUUCACCAGAUCCCAAAAUUGACACACAGCUUGUUCUGAGGAAAUGGUGCGAGUUGAUUCCUGGAGGAGAGUUCCGAUGUUUUGUAAAGGAAAACAAAUUAAUAGGGAUUACACAGAGAGAUCAUACACAAUAUUACAACCAUGUCUGCAGUCAGGAAGCCAAUAUUCUUGGUUCCAUUAUUGAUUUCUUUAAAGCUAAAGUACAAUACAAGUUCCCAGAUGAAGACUUUGUGUUUGAUGUAUACAGAGACAGUCGGGGCAAGGUGUGGAUCAUCGAUUUUAACCCAUUUGGAGAGGUGACAAAUGCUUUGCUUUUCACCUGGGAUGAGCUGACUUCUGGACACGUCAUCAGUGAGGGAGCCCUUGCUGAACUGGAUGCUCCAGUCUUCCGCUACAUAACAAGUGAAAUGACUGUGCAACCCAGCCCCUAUUUAAGUUAUCGGUUGCCCAAGGACUUUGUGGACUUGUCAAGAGGCGAAGAUGCUCAUAAACUAAUUGAUUUUCUUAAACUGACAAGAAAUCAAGCACCAGACAGCUCUGAUGAUGAUGGAUAGCAGCUUCCCUGUAUACAGUCAGUUCUUCCUGGGAUAAAUGUAAAACAAAUGACAGGCCUGAAUUAACUCUGAAUAGAUAUCCAUGUGAGUUCCUUGACACUCACUUACAAAGUUUUAUAUAGAUUAAGUUUGAAAAUACUACUUCAUUUCUCAAAUAAGUCUGAUGUAGCACGGUAUAAAGUUUACAAAUCGAACAGCAUGUGAAAUACUUCUCAAAAAUAACCAUGUUGUAAAGGUCUAGUAUAUCUAUGGGUAUGAUAAACUUCUGUAAAAUUAAAUUUUUAUAAAUUGGA